GCCCAAUCGUACUUCGCGCUCCAAAUGCUGCGAAGGGGAAGGGUUUCGGAGCGACUGCGCAGGACCAGUCCUCUUCCGGCUUCCUGCGCCUGGCUGCGGCGCUCGUGGCCGGAGGAGCCGUGCAGCGUGCCGCCUAUGGCAAGGGCAUGGGCAGAGGCGGAAAGGGCUAUGGCCGAGACUUCGGUGGAGGGCGCGAUUUCGGUGGAGGGCGCGAUUUUGGUGGUGGCCGCAACGACAUCCAGCGCCUGACCGAGGCCAAGCGCACACGGGAGGCGCAGCAAUUUUUCCAGUACCAGAAGUCGCUGAUGCUGCGAGGUGAACAGACCAAGGACGAGCGGUUUUAUCGGCAGGAGGAAGCCAGGCUCUUCAAAGCCGCGCACGUCUCUGCCGGCAUCGACUUCCAGAAGUAUGACAGCAUCGAUGUCGAGACGAAAGGGGGCUCCGGACUGGAGCAGGCCAUUGAGACCUUCCAGGAGGCUUGUGAGAAGCACAACCUGCCCCCAGCGCUGACCGCGAACAUUGAUCGGUGCCAUUACAACAUUCCGACGCCAGUGCAGAAGCACAGCAUCCCGGCCGUCCUGUCGGGCAGUGACGUGCUGGUCACGGCACAGACGGGGAGCGGCAAGACCGCCGCUUUCUUGGUGCCCAUCAUCACCGCGGCAUUGAACGCAGGCAGGAAGCCGAUGAAGGAGGGUGCCGUGUGCCCCACCAGCGUGGUGCUGUCUCCUACGCGUGAGCUCUGCCAGCAGAUCACAGUGGAAGCCGAGAGGCUGACUUUCCGGUCUGGUGCUCGCGUCUGCGCAAUCUACGGAGGAGCUGAUGCCAUCCCACAGUUGCGGACCAUCGCAGGAGGCGUGGAGAUCGUCGUGUGCACUCCUGGCCGCCUGGAGGACUUUCUCCAGCGUGGCGUGAUCUCGAUGGAGGAAGUCAAGUUCCUGGCCUUGGAUGAAGCCGACCGCAUGCUGGACAUGGGCUUCGAGCCCCAGAUCCGUGAGAUCAUCGAGAAUCACGGCAUGCCCCAAGCUGGCAAGGGCCGUCAGACAAUGAUGUUCUCUGCCACCUUCCCCAAGGAGAUCCAGGAGCUGGCGAUGGACUUCCUCGAUCGGAGCUACUACUCCAUCUCCGUAGGCCGUGUUGGAGCCACUGCUGCCAAUGUCGAGCAGCGGUUUGAGAACGUUGGCUGGGGCGACAAGUUCGAGCAGCUGCUGGAGUCUUUGAAGGAGGUGAAAUCAGCAGAUGGUGCCCCUGCCAAGACCAUCGUCUUCGCCAACUCGAAGAGAGAGGUGGACGAAAUCUCCUACCGCCUUCAGGAUGAGCGCAUCCGCUGCACCAGCAUGCACGGAGGUGUCAGCCAGUCCAUGCGCGAUCGUUCGCUCAAUGCACUGCGGACGGGCCGUGCACAUGUCUUGGUUGCAACAGACGUCGCAGCCCGGGGUUUGGACUUGCCUGGCAUCGACCACGUGAUCAACUACGACCUGCCAUCGAAUCUAGGCUUUUCUCGGAUUUUGAUGGCGACUCAAGGGCUCGCCGAUAGCCCGGUCGUAGGGAAGCCGCGUGAAGGUUGGCGAAUAGGUACAGCAAGGCCUGCGACUUGA